AUGGGUGUUGAAGGUCAGAACAAAAAGGUCUCUUCUUCUUCUUCGCGAACGCGGCGCCGGCCGUUUGCUUUCUUCGUUCUCCGUCGCGACUUCAAACCUCCAUGCUCGCUUUCUUCGUUCCGUUUCUUCAUCCGUCGUGCUCAGCUCUCCUCCACGAUAUCACUCAACCUCUCCGUCUCUACUUCCGAAGCCGCUCACCACCGUCACUUCCUCGCCGCCGUCCGUCACUUCCUCGGCCUUCCACCACUCCGAUCUCCAGCGGCCAUGGCCCUCGCGUUCAGCAGCAACAACAUAAUGUCUCCCUCAAAUUUUAGCGGUGGCGCUCAACCUUCGCCUCCACGACUUUUCUCACCUCUUAAUUUGACCUCACCUUUGCUUCGAACAAAACUCCGUCUUCGGCCUCAUCUCUUUGAAUCUGUGCCUCUUCUCUUCUUCGAUGAUGAGGACGAACAAAGCGGAGCCGCUAACAUAGAUCGAAAGUGCAGAAGUGACGCACCGAGGUGCUGCAGUUGA